GGCCAAGCCGGAGAGGGAGCGGUUACGCGAGCACGCACGGUCUAUGAACGCGCACAGGUAGAUCUCUAUUAUCAGUGUUCAGGUAAACCUGGAAAUCUCAGCCGUGGGACUCGAGGUGGCACAUUUAAAGUGGUAUUCACCAAUAUGUCAGUCCGAUCAAGACCUGGCUAUUAUCGCCAGGAGGUGAAUAAAACCAUUUGGGAGGUUCCGGAGAGAUACCGAGAUCUGAAACAGGUGGGGACAGGGGCAUAUGGUACAGUAUGCUAUGCAUUUGACCGGAGGACAGGGGCAAAGGUGGCCAUCAAGAAGCUCCAUCGUCCCUUCCAGUCUGACCUGUUUGCCAAAAGAGCUUAUCGGGAGCUCAGGCUGCUCAAACACAUGAAGCAUGAUAAUGUUAUUGGACUCCUGGAUGUUUUUACUGCAGACCUUUCUCUAGACAGAUUCCAUGACUUUUACUUGGUCAUGCCUUUCAUGGGUACUGAUCUAGGAAAACUAAUGAAAAUGGAGAGACUGUCAGAGGACAGGGUUCAGUAUUUGGUCUACCAGAUGUUGAGAGGACUCAAAUAUAUCCAUGCUGCUGGAAUCAUUCACAGGGAUCUCAAACCAGGCAAUCUGGCAAUCAAUGAAGAGUGUGAGCUUAAGAUCCUGGAUUUUGGUUUAGCUCGGCAAGCAGACAGCGAAAUGACGGGCUAUGUUGUGACACGUUGGUACAGAGCGCCUGAAGUCAUCCUUAGCUGGAUGCACUACACACAGACUGUGGACAUCUGGUCAGUCGGAUGCAUCAUGGCAGAAAUGCUGCUUGGAAAACCACUUUUCAAAGGAACUGACCACCUGGAUCAGCUGAUGGAGAUCAUGAAGAUUACAGGGACACCCACAAAAGAGUUCACAGCCAAACUACAGUCUGAAGAUGCUAGAAACUACAUAGCAAAAUUACCAAAACUUAGAAAGAAAGACCUUCGGACAUUGUUACCAAAUGUUAACCCACAAGCAAUUCAUGUGUUAGAAUGCAUGCUGCUCCUGGACCCUGAAAGUAGAAUAACAGCAGCAGAGGGACUGGCUCUUCCAUUCUUCUCAGAGUUUCGUGAACCAGAGGAGGAGACAGAGGCCCCGCCGUAUGAUCAUUCACUGGAUGAGGCAGAGCAGUCAGUGGAGCAAUGGAAAAAACUCACCUUCACUGAAAUUCUGACCUUCCAUCCAGCACCAGUGGUGGGAGAAUCUAAAGAGACAGCCCUCUGAGAUUGCUUAUUUUUACAUCAUCAACGCUUCACAUUUUCUUUGUACCAUGUCAUAUACAAACUUUGAACUAUUUUUGUGAGUGUACUGUUUAUUUUUAGCUUUUUAGCCUGUUGUGUGCUAAUUGUUUGCACGGUUGAACUAGGCACAACUGACCUGCACCAUUCUGCAAUUUGAGUUGAAGAUUUGAGUAUAAAUCUUUGCAAGUAUGUGAUUGUAGUACCCUUAUAUUUUUAUUAUUAGUAUUUUUUCAAGCAAAACCUGUCACUAGCCAGCAUUGUUGCUGACACUUAAUUACACUGGAGAUAAUUUCACUGAAAUACUGCUGUAUAAAUAUCCAUAUAUUUUACAUGGUUUACAUGUAACUCUGAAAUAAAAAAAGAACUCUUUUCAGGUUUUUGCCAAACACUACAGCCAAAUAUUCUAGUAUCUGCAAGAGUAUUACUUUUAUCUUUUAAAACCAAGUUUGCCAACCUGUGCACAGUCCAGAAAAAUCAUGUUUUUAUGCAAAAGAAAAUGGUGUAUAUUAAGCAUAUUUUGAAUUCAUUACAUUACAUUUUUGUUGUAUAUUUUUUAUUCAGUUUUACAGAAGAAAAGUCACAUGAUUAAAAGACAAUUGGUAA